GUUUUCUUUGCACUUAUGCUGACGCCUCUGUUUAAGAAGUCGAAGCACGUGGGUAUAGUGGAGUUCUUGGCGACGCUGGCCUUUGGCUUUGUGGGUCUCAAUAUUGUCCUGCUGGAGGAUUUCCCCAAGUCCUUCGUGUGGAUCCUCAGCCCCUUGUGUCAGUGCAGCUUCUUGAUCGGUGUCGCGCAGGUCAUGCACCUCGAAGAUUAUGAAGACGGCGCGACGUUCGCAAACCUAUAUCGCGGCCCUUACCCGCUCUUCAUCUCUCUUAUUUUAUUGGUGCUGGACAGCAUAUUUUACCUGCUUGUAGCUGUCUACCUUGAUCAGGUCAUCCCAGGGGAGUUUGGCCUACGCCGCACACCGUUUUUCUUCAUGAAGCCCUCGUUUUGGUCAAAGCACAGGAAAAAUUACAAGGAGCUGUACGAGAGCAGCAUCAACGGCAGCUUGAGUUUCAGCGAGAUAGUUGAGCCCGUGCCUUCUGAAUUUCAGGGGAAAGAAGCCAUCAGAAUCAGCUGUGUUCAGAAAACAUUCAGGAAAAAGGGGGAAACUGUGGAGGCUCUCAGAAAUUUAUCCUUCGACAUCUACGAGGGUCAGAUCACGGCUCUGCUGGGACACAGCGGGACGGGGAAGACGACGCUGAUGAACAUCCUUUGCGGGCUGUGUCCUCCGACGGACGGGUUUGUCUCCGUCUAUGGGCACAAAGUCUCUGAAAUCGAUGAAAUGCUUGAAGUGCGGCAAAUCGCAGGGGUGUGCCCGCAGUCCGACAUCCACUUUGAUAUAUUAACUGUGGAGGAGAACCUCUCCAUUUUCGCUGCAAUUAAAGGCAUCCCUCAGAAUGAUUUGAUACAAGAGGUGCAGAAGGUGCUGCUGGAUUUGGAUAUGCAGCCUAUCCGAGACAAUCAAGCUAAAAAACUGAGUGGGGGGCAGAAGAGGCGGCUGUCGGUGGGGGUUGCUGUUCUUGGGAACCCGAAGGUUUUGCUGCUGGAUGAGCCGACAGCGGGUAUGGACCCGUGUUCACGACACAUCGUCUGGAACCUCCUGAAAAACAGGAAAGCGAAUCGUGUCACUGUUUUCAGCACCCACUUCAUGGAUGAGGCGGACAUCCUUGCCGAUCGUAAAGCCGUGAUUUCUCAAGGGAUGUUAAAGUGCCUUGGAUCUUCUCUCUUUCUCAAAAGCAAAUGGGGAAUUGGCUACCGCUUGAGUAUGCACAUCGAUGCCUAUUGCAACACGGAAGCUACAACCUCGCUGAUAAGGCAGCACAUCCCUGCAGCCAGCCUGAUCCAGGAGAACGACGAGCAGCUCGUCUACACGCUGCCGCUCAAGGACAUGGACAAGUUUGCAGGCUUGUUUUCUGACCUGGACACCCAUUCCCAUUUGGGCGUUAUCACCUACGGCGUUUCCAUGACCACUCUGGAGGAUGUUUAUCUGAAGCUGGAAGUUGAGGCAGAGAUCGAUCAAGCAG